UCAGUGUCCCCGAGCUUUCGAGUCUAUAACAGAGGCUCAUUAUGUGGACGAUCUCAUAGACAGCUACACCGACGACUCUGAGGCGAUCGCAGUAACCACAAAAGUCCGUGACAUCCAUGCUGAGGGAGGCUUCACUAUUAGAAAUUGGAUCUCAAACUCUACCGCCAUCCUAAAGCAUUUUGGAGAGCGCCAAAUAGACGAGCAGAACCCCAAAGAGCUUGGAGACCCCGAGAAGGUUCUCGGUAUGUAUUGGGAACCCUCGAACGACGUUUUUAAGUAUACUUUCAGAUUUGCGAGACUUAAAAGAGACGUACUAAACGGAGAAACUGUACCAACAAAACGUGAAGCCCUACAGGUUCUGAUGUCCAUUUUCGAUCCUUUGGGCCUGCUAUCAUGUUACACAAUCGGUCUUAAAAUGCUACUGCAGAAAGUAUGGCGUGCAGGCAUAGACUGGGACGAGGAAUUACCCGACACUUUACUCGGAUCAUGGCGACAAUGGAAAACUGUCCUUCUUCAAGCUGCUAAAUUGGAAUUUCCUCGCUUCUACUCAACUCUGCUACCGAAUGCUGACCAGAUUGAUUUGCACACAUUUGUAGAUGCGAGCGAGUACGCCUACGCAGCAGUUGCGUAUCUUCGUAUCAAGCAGGGAGCCGAUAUCGACACAGUCCUAGUAGCAGCUAAAUGUAAGGUUGCCCCGCUAAAGCCAGUUUCAAUACCACGCAUGGAACUCCUGGCAGCAGUAAUGGGAGUGAACUUAGCCAAAAAAGUUAUUAAUAUUAGAAGGCUCAACAUUAACUCAAGCACAUACUGGUCAGACUCAAAAACAGUACUGCAGUGGCUGGAUAUGGACCCUCGAAAAUUUCAAGCCUUUGUCAUGCAUAGAGUUGGGGAGAUAAUAGAUCACACAAGUCGAGCUCAAUGGCGCUGGAUUCCGACCAAGGAAAAUGUUGCAGACUCAGCCACAAAGUUUAUCAAAUCUCCUAACGCUAAUCGCUGGUUAAAAGGUCCCCAGUUCCUAGCCAAGCCAGAAAACGAAUGGCCAGAACAAGACAUUACUCUCGAAAGUGGCGAACCGACGGAGCUACGUAAGCAUGUCUUCAUUAUAAACCAACUAAAGCAUUUUGAUUUUGCAGAGGAAUACUUUUCUGACUGGAGACGCCUGUAUAGAGCCGUGGCAACCUUUAUGCUAUACAUUAAAAGAAUAUGCGCUAAAUGUCUUGGAAAUCCACUGCCAAAAACUUUAGACCCCGAAAUCAUAAGCAAAGCGAAGUCGUGGAUAUAUAAACAGGCACAAUCUAGGACAUACUAUGCCGAAAUCACUGCUCUCAAAAAUAACACGGCCGUGAACAAAUCAAGUCCUUUGAUUGCUCUGAAUGUCUACUUGGAUGAGGAAGGCGUGCUACGUGUUCAGGGAAGAAAAUAUAACAUAAAUCCUGACGAUGCUGUCGUUCUGCCAAAGAGGUCUCGAAUUGCAUUUUUGAUCACGAAAGAUUUCCAUGAAAAAUCACAUCACAUAAUGCACGAAUCGACAAUAAAUAUCAUAAGAAACGACUUCUACAUACCUCGUCUACGAGUGCUGUAUAAAACAGUUCGGAAGGCCUGUCAAAAAUGCAAAAUCGCCACAUCCAGGCCCGAAGUACCUCAAAUGGCUGCAAUACCAGCCGCACGACUAGCCUCCUUCGAGAGACCCUUUACAUACACAGGAGUUGACUACUUUGGUCCCAUACUAGUUAACGUCGGCAGACACAAGGAAAAACGAUGGGGAGUCCUCUUUACAUGCCUGACACUGAGAGCCGUACAUAUAGAAGUGGCCUAUAAACUUGAUGUAAGCUCGUGUAUAAUGUGUCUUCGAAAUUUCAUGACACGUCGCGGGACUCCAAAAGAAAUCUUCUCCGACAACGGAACCAACUUUAAAGCAACUGAGAAGAUGGUGAAAGAAGAACUCAAAAAGAUUGACUUUGACGAAAUCACUAUAAAGUAUGAGGCGAUUAAAUGGCACUUCAACCCACCAGCGGCACCGCAUAUGGGAGGUGCUUGGGAGCGACUCGUCAGAUCAGUUAAGACUGUUUUGAAAUCAAUCUGCCCAACUAGUAACUUCAAUGACGAGACCCUUCGAACAGCUCUUAUGGAAGCAGAAAACGUCAUCAAUUCUAGACCACUAACCUUUGUCUCUUUAGAUUCAGGCGACGACGAAGCGCUCACCCCAAAUCAUUUACUUCUGGGAUCGACGAGCGGCUAUAAGCGCAUGGCAGACGACAACACCGAUCUAAGGCUGCGUUGGCAACAGACUCAACUAUUCGCGGACAAGUUCUGGAGCCGCUGGGUGAAGGAAUUCACCCCAGACUUGACCAGACGUAGCAAGUGGUUCACCAAACGUCCCCCAAUAGCUAUCGGCGACAUUGUUAUAGUAGUCGACGAUCAACUUCCAAGGAACAUGUGGCCCAAAGGACGCAUCACUGAAGUAGUGACGGCCAAAGAUGGCCAAGUUCGACGAGCUACAAUUUGGACACCGAAAGGAAUCAUGGUCCGCCCAGUGGCCAAGAUUGCUAUCCUAGACGUCGGCCUAAAAGACGGUGAAGAUCCGAAGGACGUUCACCGGGGGGGGAAUGUUACCGCCAUAAAAUAG